AUGCAGGCCGGCCGUACCUGCCACGCGGACCGGAGGCGGGGUGUGUGGGGAAUCUUUUCCAAGGGAGGCCCCUCCAGAGACCCCCCCCCCCAGGAAGAGAGCACCAAAACACAGGUGCAGGAGCCCCUCAUGGAGCCCCCAGGCCGGCAGCCUCUGCAGGAGCUCUCCAUGAAACAGGCCCCACCUGAGGACUCAAGCAUCCAGGUGGCUCCCGGCAGGCAUGUUCUCUAUGUGGGCCACCUGAACCCUCAAUUCUCGGUGCCUGUGCUCACCUGCCUGCUGCGAGACACCCUGGAGCGGCUCGAGCUGCCGGUGGAGCGGGAGCACAUUGAGGUGGUGCGGCGGCCACGCAAGGCCUACGCGCUGGUGCAGGUGGCCACCCACAAGGACAUCCUGGCCUCCCUGCCCUGGCGCCUGCACACAGCCUUGGAGGAGCACCAGAUCAUCAAGGAGCUGGUGGCCCGCGGGAAGGAGCUGGUGUUGGGGGAGGGCCGGGAUCACUCAACCUGCAGAGAGGUCAGUGAGGAACAGGAGGAGGACAGUGGCCCGAGCCCUGGCCCUAGCCCUGGUCCCAUCCCAGGCUCCAGUCUCCCACCGACCAUGCUUGCCCACCCUCCUACUUGGGCCCUGGCCCCGUGGCAGCGGAGCCCCCAGGGCUGGCCCAGCGGCACACGCUCAGACAGUGCCAUCGUGCACCAAGAGAUCCUGGGCCAGGAGCGCCUCUUCCAGGGCGCCUUUCUGGGCAGCGAGACACGCAAUGUGGAGUUCAAGCGGGGUGGCGGCGAGUACCUGAACCAGGCCUUCAAGCACCACCUGCGGUGCUAUGUGUGCGCCUUCCUCAACAGCGAGGGCGGCAGCCUGCUGGUGGGCGUGGAGGACAGCGGCCUGGUGCAGGGCAUCCGCUGCAGCCACCGCGAUGAGGACCGCGUGCGCCUGCUAGUGGACUCCAUCCUGCAGGGCUUCAAGCCCCAGGUCUUCCCUGAAGCCUACAGGCUCACCUUCAUCCCUGUGGUCAGCACCUCUGCCACCAGCACCCCUCUCAAGGUGAUCCGCCUGAGUGUGCACGCCCCCAAGGCCCAGGCCGAGCCGCAGCUCUACGAGACCGACCAGGGGGAGGUGUUCCUGCGGCGAGACGGGAGCAUCCAGGGCCCGCUGUCCGUCCGCGCCAUCCAGGAGUGGUGCAGGCAGAAGUGGAUGGCUGAGCUGAGCAAGUUGGAGGAGAGGCUGAAGGUGCUGACGGCAGAGAAGGAACAGCUCCAGCAGCAGCUGCAGCAGCGCAGGCCCAUCUCCUGCACCUGCUGCGUCCUGUGAGGGCCCCAGCGCUCUGCCUGGAAGAUGCAGGGAUUUCUUAUUUGAGCCCUGGUCCUCCCAAUAAAACCAGUCUGGGCUGCUCAGAGGUGGAUGGGAGCACUGCACUUCCUGGUUCCUUCAACAAGCGUGCACCCACAGGCUGGUCCCCACGCAGUUUCAGUCCUGAGCAGACCCCGGUGUCUGUAGCUAAGAAAUUGCUCUUAGCACAAUCCCCAAGGGGCCUUACUUUCAGAAAGAACUUAUAAAAACUUGGCGAGAGCUCUCUAUCCAUGGGCUGAACGGUAAGGGACUGUCCCUCUCCCUGAAACACUCAUUUGGCCCAGCUGGGGUCUCUGACUCACAUUGGCUACACAGGGCCAAAAUGGGACUUGUCAUCUGCCCCUCCUCAGAUGGCAAGGCACAUUCAGUAACUGAAGUUAUAGAGCGAACAGGCCACCCUGCAACCCAACCCUGGCUUGCUGGCAUGUGUGACCGUCUCAAAGCUCUUUAAUAAAUGUCAUGCACCCAGAGCAAGAAUGCUUCUUUCUGGAACGCUUGGCUGGUUGGAUGCAGCUGGGUCAUGAGUCCAUGUCUGUCCAGGAGGCCAAGCCAGCCCUGCGCUCCUCCCCCCACAGAGCUAUGGGGAAAGGACCCUCGGAUGGUUGGGUUCCAGUGCAUCUCUGCCUUGAAUACCAGGUACCUUAGGGCAAAUUGCUACACCUCAAGCAGUUUCUUCAUCUAUAGGAUAGCGACAAUAGGCGGGGGGCCAGCUGGUGCCCUGAUUCUCUCCAGCACAUACCAGCACCUGCACAGGAAGGGUCUGACUUCUAUUCCAAGCAAUCUCCAGCCACUGGAAAGGAUUCCUGCACGAGCUACUUCCCCGGCCAUCUCCACCAGCAGACUGAGACUCUAUUAAGCCAUCGUCUGAUCAUGCCACACCUGUGCUCAAAGCCCUCCAAGAGCUCCCCAUCUCAUCCAGAGCAAAGCUGAAACAGUGGUCUGCACAAUCCCCUGCGACCUGGCCCAUCUGCCUCAACAAGCCCUGCCCCUGGCUCCUGCAUUCCAGCUACACUGACCAACUUGUUUCAUGAGCACACUUGCCUCAGGGCCUUUGCAUGGGCUGCUUCCCCUUCUGGAAUGCUCCUCCCUAAGAGAGCUGCAUGGCUCUACCCUCAAGUGGAGUGGAAAGCUAUUUUCCUACCCUCCCUACUGUAAACACACCCCCUCCCAGCACUUCAGUUCCCUUCUCCUGCUUCCAACUUUUUUCUCUGGUGCAGUUGUCAGUCACACAUGCUCUAGGGGAUGGAGAUUUUGGUCUGUUUUGUUCAGUGUUUUAGGUACGGAACCUGAAACAUAGCUGGCAUGGGGUAGAUGCCCAGUAAAUAUUUGCUGAUGAAACAAGGACACCCCUAAAUUUAGGGUCUGAGCUACUAAAACUCAUGGAAACUUGUCAAACAGGGCAUUUCACAGGACUAGGGGUCCACGGAACACACUUCAGUGAUCCCCUUCCAUCCCCCAGCCCAGAGGUCCUUGGCGACAUCCACGGAGUGGACACAGAGAAGCCCCCUGGGCCAGUCACAGCUACUCUGAGACUUGCGUUUCCCACUUACCAAACACACACCAGUUAUAGGGACCAAGUGUGAUCAUGGAUGCCCACCUCCUGACCAGUUACCAACCCACUGAGCUCCCUGGGGUCACCCAACCACAGGGCCUGAGCCAGCUUUUCAGAGGCCACUUAAGAACUACAGACAGAGGGGGUGCAGCUCAGGAAGUCAGACAGGAGCAGCUGCUGAUUUUUACAAAAAUGACUGAAGUCUGAUGGAACCACCAGAUGGGAGACGGGGUUAGGAUUCACCCAUUCGGCAACAUUGAAAGUACCAAGGCCUCUGUGAAUGAAAACAUCUCAGCUCAGCCCAUGAGAAGCGCCGACAGGAGGCAGCAGCCAGGUUGCCCUCAGUCGGGAGGUGGUGUCCCUGUAUGGCCCUCUGGGCCUCAGCGGUGAUGGUGGCCAUGGCCUAGUGAGCAGAGGGUCUCCUUCCUGGGUCUCUGAUGGAGGAGCUGAGCCAAGUGGUGAGAACCCCCUUUCUCCCAAGCCCCCCUUUCUUAAACGUCAACAAAGGCUGCUGACCCCUGACAAGCAGU